UCUGCGCACCGAGUGUUUUGUAUCGGCAGCACUUCACCGAAGCAGGUUAGCUAACACAGACAUUUAUUAUUUUAAUUAAAGCAACAAAAAGACACACAGCCACAUGCUGUUGAUACUUUUUUCUGUAUUGGGUUUGGAUAAAUUUAGCUUUAACUCGAGGUGAGGUUUGAGGUUUAACGUUGAGUCAACGUUUCCUGCACGUUACGAGGGAUGUUGCGGCGUCCCAAGCCGUCAGACUCAGAGGCAGACCUCCUGAGAGAGCAAGAGCAGUUUCUGACCUCCGGAGUCGCGUCUGCUGUCAGCGUGGUCCGUCGACCCGACAAGAGGAGAGGCGAGGCGGGAGGAGAAGGAGGGGAACAUAACGGGGAGGAUGAAGGGAGACAGAGAGAUGUUGUCACCAUAGAAGAUCUUCCAGACCAGCUCCCGUCUCUGACGCCAGCCCCUGCAAAGAAGUCUCGCUUUAAAGCCAGUCGUGUCACUUUCGAGGGCGAAGAUCCGGAGGAGAGGCUGGACAAACACGACACUCACAUCAGUGCUGUUCUCUCCAGGAUCGUCGAAAGAGACACCAGCUCUACUGCAGUGUCUCUACCAGCGUUUACAGGCAUGGCUUUCCCUAAAGUACUGCAUCGCUCAGAAACCAGCAGUCAGGUGCCGCUGUCUUCAGUCGGUGGAAGGAAGAGUAUCUUUGCACGUCAGAUUGCAGCUCAGAGACUUAAAGAGGGAAAGACGCCUUUACACUGCGCACCUGAAGCUGCUCAGACACCUGAGACCAGUAUGGAUACAGAUCAGUGUGAAGCUGCAGAUAAUCAGCCAGCAGCAUUCUCAGGUCCGAGGCUGGUGUCUGGUCAGGGGCUUGAGGGUUCAGAGAGCUCAGAAGAGACCAUGAGGAUCCACAGGGAGAACCAGGCUAAGAUCCAGGGAAUGUCGCAGUCUGAGAUACUGGAGGAGCAGAAGAAACUAUUAUGUCAGCUUGAUCCUAGACUGGUGGAGUUUGUUAGAUCUCGCAAAGCCCAGAGUGUCCCGUCCUCUGCCUCCCCAUCCAAACAUCCCCAGGGCGAACGCAGCAAGGAGAGCUUUCCUCUUGAAAAUGUGAGCAGAGAGUCAGAGCCCUCCGGUGCUGCUAUGCUGUUUGAGAAACCUCAAGAAAUAGAGAUGGAAGAAGGAGAUGAAGAGGAGCAGGAGGAGGAACUGCCAGCACCGCCUGCUGUGAAGGAGGAGGACCUGCCGGUGAAGCCUCAGAAGGAAUGGGUUCACAUGAACAAGCUGGAGCCAGAGAAGCUGGAGUGGAUGAGAGACUUGCCUGCGCCCAGACGGAAAGGAACCAAGAAGGCAAUGCAAGCUCGGUUUGACUUUGCGGGGACCUUGAUUCCACCCACUGAGGAUCUGCCCACCCAUUUAGGCCUGCACCACCACGGAGAAGAGCCAGAGCGGGCAGGUUACUCGCUGCAGGAACUCUUCCUGUUGUCUCGGAGUCAGGUCAUCCAGCAGAGGAGUCUGGCCCUCAGCACUCUGGCCAACAUUCUCUCAAAGGCACGUGCUGGAGAGUACCUGUCUGUUCUGAAAGGCAGCGUGAUGUCCACUCUGCUCGACGCCGGGCUGCUCUUCCUGCUCCGCUUUGCGUUGGACGACGGCGUGGAGGGAGUGAUGUCAGCAGCUGUGCACGCACUUAAAGCACUUCUUGUGUGUGGAGACGAUGAAGAGUGUUUGGACUGCACCUUCUCCUGGUUUCGCGGCAUGGCCUCCUUCCCUCUGCUGCCAUCUGCUCAGGAGGAGGAAGAAGAGGAAGAUGAAGGGCUGCCCGAAUGUAUGAAAGAGACGGCUAAGGAGAAGGAAGACAGGAAGAGUGAUCAUGAUGUGGCCAGACAGGAUGUUGUCAAGGGUCUGUUAAAGAUGAAACUGCUGCCCAGGCUACGAUACAUCCUUGAGGUGGUCCGACCUUCUCCUCGAGUGGUCCAGGACGUCCUCGAGAUCCUGACUCGUAUCGCUCGGCACUCCUCCUCAUCUGCCACGCAGGUACUCGACUGUCCUCGCUUGAUGGAGAUGGUGUUGUCAGAGUUCCUUCCCACUUCCUGGACACCGUCUUCUUCGCCACUCCCUCAGUCUGUGUACGGACUCCCACUGGCCAACGCCAUGAAGCUGUUAAGAGUAUUGGCAACCUCUGGCAGACACGCCUGUGCCAGACUAUUAAACUCUCUUGGGGUGAGGGAGCGUCUCUGUUGUCUGCUGAGCGCCGAGCCCAGUGAGCUGCUGCUGGAGCCGACUGAGGCCAUCAGGGUCACCACUGAGGCCUACAGGCUGUGGGCCGUGGCAGCCGGAUAUGGACAGGCCUGUAAAUUAUACAUAGACCUGUAUCCAGGCUUAGCGAAGGCCUUGCAGUCAGUUCACAGAGUCCUGGCCUCCUCAGAUCCUCCCGUGCAGCCCCUGCAGCUCCAGCGGAUCCAGGCUCUGCUUUCUCUGCUCACGCAGGUCACACACACUGCUGGCUGCCACCAGGAGCUGCAGGCUGGCAUGGUCAGCUCUCAAGGAGAAGAGUGCCCUCCUCCUCCUCCAGUGUCCUGGAGUCAUGUCUCAGGGUUGCAGGCAUCCCUGUUGGGGCAUUUGAAGAGCUUUGUGAAGAGCCUCGAUAAUCCAGUGCAGAAAGAAAGCAGCCUGGCUGUGAUACCAGCUUACCUGGCCUACCUAGAAGCUUACUACCAUCAGCUCUCCAGACAGAACUGUUUCAAGCCAGUAGAGACGCUUCAAGAACUGGAGCUGCUGACGUCUGAGGUUCUCCUCCCGCUGCUGUCUCACCAUGUCGUUCAAGGCCUGAUAAAGAACCUUAAGUCUUCUUCAGUAGUGUGUAAUGUCCAGUCUAGUCAUCUGGGCCCAGAGAUCACUCCUACCCUCCCUGGUUUGGCAUGCUCAGGAUGGAGGGACCGUCCCGGGCUGGUUGUUCCCAGCUCCCCCUUCCCUCUUCUCACAAGCCUGGGGCUCCUUCUGGAAACAAUCACAGGCAUCCACAAAGGCCUCGGCUGCAAGUUCACCAGUCUCCUCCUGUCAGAACCUGUCAUCGGUUACCUGCGAUGCUGCAGUCAAGCUACGCCCACCCUGUCCCACACCAGGGCCUGGCUCCUCCGUCAUGAACACCACCUCCUCUACCUCCUGCUCCGACUGGCGCACAGACUUGUUCCCAUUGAGCCACUAGUAGCCAAACAUGCCUCAAUGUACCACCAGGUGGCGCUGGUCCUGCUGCCAUGGUUAUUGCCAGGCAGUGAGUUCCUGGCUCAUGAACUGCUGUCCACCAUCAUCUUCAACAAGGACUUCAUAUCGGAGGGCCACAGUGGGGGACCUGAGGCUGUGGAGCUGGGAGAGCUGAAACUCAGAGAGGAAACACACCAUCACACCUCUCCCUCUCUCCAGACUGUCGGAGCACUCCUGAGAGAAGCAUGCGUCCAGCUACCGUCCAUACGAGGCUGCUUCCUCACUCACCUGGCCCACCUGGAGCCAGCUGUGAUGACGUCCCGAGACGCUCUGCUCGGCCGCAACCCCUGGAUCAAAUCCCACCUCCUCCCAGAGCUCACUGGUCCCACCGUGCCAUCCGAUUGGCCUUUCCUCCCGCUCAUCAGCCUGUAUGAGCGAGCAGGGGUGGCUGAUGGUGGAAGGUUAGCGGUGGAUAUGAUCCCAGAGGGGGCUCUGCAGGCGGGGACCCACUGUCUGCAGUGGCUGCUGCUGCUGGAGGUCUGGAGGGAGGACGCGCUAAAGGUGAUCCUACCCGUCGCCAAGCUCGCCCGCCUGUCCUGUGUCUUCCUGUGUUCCAGUGACUUGUUCCUGGAGAGACCUGUUCAGAAACUGACCUGGGGUCUGUUCAGACUGCUGACCAGGCGAUCCAGGCUGGACUCUUUGGACCUGAACAUCCCUCCUCCAGGUCUAGCUUCCUUCCAGGACUUGUACUCUGCUCUUUUGACGCAGUAUGAAGCGGUGUCUUUUGGAGACCGGCUGUUUGGCUGCUGGGUCCUCUUACCCCUGCAGAGGAGGUACAGUGUCACCAUGAGGCUGGCUGUGUUUGGAGAACAUGUGGGGAUGCUGAGGUCACUGGGAGUCACUCUGGAACAGCUCUCCGUCCCUAUCGAGCGGUUCACAUCUCCCCCUGAAGACUCCCUCCCUCUCCUCCGUCUCUACUUCCGCUCUUUGGUAACAGGGACCCUGAAGCCUCGCUGGUGUCCUGUCUUAUAUGUUGUUGCCUUGUCUCACGUCAACUCCUUUAUCUUCUCUCAGGAUGCUGCAGCACAGGAGGUUGAAGCAGCUCGACACAGUAUGCUGAGGAAAAUCUACUACCUGACUGAUGAGGUGUUGAGGAACCAUUUGCUGCUCUUCCGUCUGCCACAGCAGCACUCAGAGUUUGGCUUCGAUACGUAUGAACAGUUGCCUCCCAUCAGAGAGAAACGUUUGGAGAGUGUCCUCAGACUGCAUGACGGCGGCAGUGACAAAGGAGACUGACAGCAGCGGGGAGUGGAAAAUCAAGUAAGGAGUGAGCCAGAAACAGAAGAUGCAUAAGACGGUAUGGGACUGAGAGUAAACUGAAGCUGAGUGUGAGAAAUGAAGCAUGGCGGUGGGAGACAUUCAUUUCAACUCUUAAAGGUGUCUCAUUAAGAUCAGGCUUUGGAACAAGAGCCAUCACGGUCACAAGAAUAUUUUUCUGUGGCCCAACUUGAAAUAGAUUUGACCAGCCCUCGAUGAAGAGGUAUUUAUAAAUUUUUCAUUAUAUGAAGCAAAGAAUUUACAAAUACUAAAAAUGAAGUGCAGAUGCAGUGAGGCACCGUUCCUCAAAGCAAACCGGAGGAAUUCACUGUUUCUCAGAGUAAAGACAAAUGACCUACUUUACAAGUGCCUGCAAUGGACUUUCUUGUGAAUAAAACAUGAUUUCAAGUAUG